GAUUAAAUUUGUUUGGGCAAUAGAAACUUUCAGGGGGUGUAUUUGACCUUUAACCCAUUGACGCCUAAAACGCCUGUAAAACGUCUGGGCGAUUUUAAAAUAAUUCCCUAAAACCUGAAGUUUUUCUGGAAAUUCAACAGAAGUGUCAAUGCUUCUACUAAAUAAUAGAUUUUUCAGCCUCUGUAGCAGAUAGAAAUGAAAUUCAAAAAGUAUUUGAGAGCUUAUACAAAUACUACAAAACGACGUAUCCAUGGGUUAAUCAGCUUCAGAUAAAAGAAAAAUAAUUAUUAUGUAUACGUGGUAUAAGUAUCUGUAAAUUGUUUGACAUGUUGAAGUACAGCACCAGUGUUUCACCUCAUCUAAACUGUCUAACCUCAAAAUGCUUAUUCACAUCAGCUCAGUGAGUGAGCCUGCCUUCUCGUUUCCUUCCUCCAAACACUCGCCUCAGUUCAAGGAAAUUGCUCCUUCUCACACAGACUGCUGUCUGUAUAGAAUGAUCAGUGCAGGGCACACGCUGGUGGCGCUCUCCUCUACGGUCUACUACUCGAUUUAAAGAGGCAAUGACGGACAUACUUUUACUGCUGGUUCUGCUGAUUGUACAAACUCCCAAGGUCAGCCCUCAGCCCUAUCAGGCAGACUCAGAGGGAAACUGUCUCAACAGAACAACAGAGUACCUGCUAGAUGAUUCUGAUCUGUGCUGUAAGAAAUGCCCCCCUGGACAGCGGCUGAAAGAAGAAUGCUCUAGAACUAAGGACACUGUGUGUGAAAACUGUCCAGCUGGGCAGUACAUGGAGAACUGGAACUACGCUCCAAACUGCAUAUCAUGCAACAAAUGCAAAAAGAACAAAGGUCUGCAGGAUGCCCAGAAGUGCUCCUCUACAGUGAGGUCCCUGUGUGUGUGCCAGCCUGGGAUGUUCUGCGUCAUGGGAUUUGAGGACCCAUACUGCACGGCAUCAUGUAACAUUUACAGCAAAUGCAGAAGUGGUUCUGGAGUUUCUUUGCCAGGGACGGGAGACUCAGAUGUGAGGUGUGAACGGUGCCCCAGUGGGAUGUUCUCUGACACAGCGUCCUCCACGGAUCGCUGUCGGAACCAUACAAACUGCCGGGGGAGGGCUGUUGUCAGGAAAGGUGAUGCUACCUCGGACAACCAGUGCGAACCUGAGAGUUCGACAUCCGGCACGUUGCCUCAAACCUCGACCAAAGAGCCCCGCGCAACUGCAACUACAGUGAUGAGCACAGCAUUUGCAACCUCUGACUUCAAGGCUCCACUUGUACCCACAGACUCCACACUGUCUAUUGUUUCAGAAGACCUCAGCAGCAAGCCUUUCGCCUAUUCAACAAAACCCCCACCACCAAGCCCAAUAUCUGACACUACACUGGCUGCAGUCAUUGCCGGUGUCGUUGGGAUAUUACUAUUUGUCAUCAUUCUACUGGUCCUUUGUAAAAUCUGGAAGAAAGAUGCUGAAGUAUUCCAUCCUAAAGUAGAUGCAAAUGGAAAUUGUGAGAGUGGUGAUAAACAGAUUAAAGAGGGUUAUAUAGUGGAAACACAGCUGGCCUCAUUCACAGUAACCUCAGCAGAACAACAGUGUCUGCUGCAGAAUGGGGAAGCUUGCAGCGACCACAGUCAGAGCAGCAACAACACCGAAACUUCAACCAGAACAGACGGCUUGAGCAGCCAGGAGUCCAUCGGCCCUUUGCAAUCCACCUUAGCUCUCCACAAUCCACUGUCUGUUCUGUCGGAGCCUCUGAGUUUACUGUCUGACACAGAGCCUGUCAGCUCGCAGCCCAGCUUCCCCUCCCAGCCCUCCUCCCAGCCCUCCUCUCAGCCCACCAGCCCGCAGGUCAUCAGCCCCGUGACCAGCCCCAGCGUCAACGUCAACAUCACUGUCCACAUAGGAAACGGGUCUUGUGGGACUCCGUCCAUCACGCCCAGAGACUUGAUGCAGGUUGACUCUAUACUCCCCUUUGGAGAGGAGGAGAAGUUUUUCAGCAACCCGCAGCAAGAAGACGGCAAACAAUCACUGAUGUCAGUGCAGGAGAGUUACAAUAAAAGUGAAAGUUACAAUACAUAAGGAGCCACCUGCAAGAAAGACAUUUGUUUUUUCUGCCAAUUUGAAAACAAUGUGACUAGCUACAUGAUGCACUUUCAGCUAUGGCAAGCUUUAUAUAUAUAUAUACAGUACAGGCCAAAAGUUUGGACACACCUUCUCAUUCAAUGCGUUUUUCUUUAUUUUACAUUUUACUCUAUUUACAUUGUAGAUUCUCACU